CUGAAGGCAGCAGCAGCGCACGGAAAGCUGACAGCAGCAGGAGUUGGACAAGAAGGGUUGACACAGUUUGUUCUGUGGCCGGCUGUCACGCAUGGCUCCCCGCGUGCUGUGGCUGAUGGUGGCGCUGUGCUGCCACGUCAGCUCCUGCUGGGCUUUUACCUGUCCGCCCAUCUGCCGCUGCAGCGCCGACACGUUCCACUGCAGCCGGGACACGGAGCUCCGCGCGGCUGCCGCUCCGAUAACGCGCCGGCUAAGAUUCCCUCAUCUGCCACUGAAAGAAGUUCCCAGUCAUGCGUUCAAAGAGCUGCUCAACGUCACAAUCAUUGACAUUUCCCAGAGCGACUGCAUCACGGUGAUCCAGAGACAUGCCUUCCUCUCUCUGCACAGUCUGGUUCAAAUUUUGAUACAGAAUAUCAACAGUCUGAGGGUUAUAGAAAAAGGAGCCUUCACUGACCUGCCCAAGCUGGAAUAUUUGAGCAUUUCCAACACGGGGAUAAGACACUUCCCGGAUUUCACAACUGUCUCUUCCUUGGUACCAAAUAUUAUCCUAGAAAUGGCAGAAAACAUGCAGAUUGUCACCAUUCCUGCCAAUUCUUUCCAGGGGAUCACAAAGGAGUAUAUAGACAUGAACCUGGUUCGAAACGGCUUCAAGGAAAUCAAGUCUCACGCAUUUAACGGAACAAAGAUGAACACACUGAUUUUGAGAGACAACAGGUACCUGACUAACAUUGAAGAAAAUGCUUUUGAAGGAGCAUCAGGGCCAAGUUCUCUGGACAUUUCUUCCACGCCUCUAAGUUCCCUCCCCCCCAAAGGUCUGAGACAGGUGAGGUUUCUGAAAGCCAGCUCUGCCUUCGCACUGAAGAGCCUCCCUCCACUUGAAAACCUGGCUGAACUGCUGGAAGCUGAGCUCACGUACCCCAGCCACUGCUGUGCCUUUGACAAGUGGCGACUGAAACAAAGGGAAAGCACCUUUAAGAAUUUCACAAAGCUGUGCGACGACAGCGAAGCGCACAUAGAUCCGACUGCAGAUGGCAUCAAUAGUUUCGAUGACAUCAACUUCCAGUAUCCAGAACUGGAAUUGGAUUGUUUUAAUAACCCCAUCCUCAAGUGCACGCCAAAGCCGGAUGCUUUUAACCCGUGUGAGGACCUGCUGGGUUCCCCCACCCUGCGCUGCCUCUCCUGGAUCAUUACGGUUUUCGCGGUGAGCGGUAACCUGGCUGUACUGGUCAUCCUGCUCAUCAGCCGCCAUAAACUCAACAUUUCUCGAUUUCUGAUGUGCAACCUGGCCUUUGCUGACCUGUGCAUGGGGAUUUACCUGAUGCUGAUCGCCGUCGUGGACUACCACUCACAUCACGAGUACUACAACCACGCCAAUGACUGGCAGACUGGUGCAGGCUGUGGCACAGCAGGGUUUUUGACCGUGUUUGCCAGCGAGUUAUCAGUGUAUACGCUGACUGUUAUUAGCCUUGAACGCUGGCACACCAUCACCAAUGCCAUGCAUGUCAACAAGAGGCUGCGCAGGCACCAUGUGAUGGCCAUGAUGGGGACAGGCUGGGGCUUUUCUGUGCUGGUAGCGCUGCUCCCUCUUGUGGGAGUCAGCAGCUAUAGCAAAGUGAGCAUCUGCCUGCCCAUGGACAUCGCCACAGUGGGCUCGCAGGUUUACGUGGUGAGCGUGCUCAUUCUCAACGUCGUGGCAUUCCUGGUGGUCUGCUACUGUUACAUAUGCAUUUACAUCAGCGUGCACAACCCCGAGCACGCGUCACGCCACGGAGACACAAAGAUCGCCAAGCGCAUGGCUGUGCUCAUUUUCACAGACUUCCUGUGCAUGGCGCCGAUCUCGUUCUUCGCUAUCUCUGCAGCCCUGGGUAUGCCCCUCAUUACAGUUUCUCACUCCAAGAUCUUGCUCAUCCUUUUUUACCCCAUUAACUCUCUCUGUAACCCUUUCUUGUACACCAUCUUCACACGGGCCUUCAGGAAGGACGUGUGCCUCCUGCUGAGCCGCUGCGGCUGGUGCCGCCGCCGCCGCAACGCCGCAGACGCCUACAAGUCACAGACGAUGGCUUUACCCAUCACCAGCGCACAUCCGAUUUCCACCAGAAAGCCUCAAUCGCUUAACAUUUACACAUAUCACAUUAAGAUGAAGGGUUGCUUCCUAAACAAGGGAACUACAUGAACAUCUGCAGGCUGGAUUUUUUUUUGUUUUUGUUUUUGUUAAUGAACUGACAGCGGCAUCUGCUGCCAUCCUUCAAAUGGCGGGUCACGGUGAAAGGACUGUCACUUCACAUCAGGCAUCACAUCCAGUUUGACACUUCACAUUGAAGUGACUGAUGCAAAAGGUGCCGCUGCUCCAUUUGUGUACAGGAAGUGCGGCACAAAGAAGCCAGGA